CAUCAGCCCCAGCUAGCCAGGGGCCAGGGACAAAGAGAAUUGUAACCAUCCCUUUCCACUGGCCAUGCUGGCUGAGGCUGAUGGGAACUGGAGUCCAACAUUAUUUAGAGGUCCCCAAUCCCUGCUAGAGAAACAACUAGAGCACCAUGCAUCUUAACAUCCAGUUCCUGUUUGAAAGCUGCUUUUGGAGUAGCCAAAAGUACAGGGAGAAGACUCAAGCGAAGGGAAGUUUACAUACCACCAAUAAAACACUACCAUCAAUGCAUGGAAUCUAAGCGACAGAACACAAAAGGGAAAAGAGAUGGGGACAGAAGAGGAAUAAUUCCAACUUGUGCACCAAUUCUUAAGUUAAUUGUAGCUGGAAUUGGGAACAGAAGAGCCAAAUGGAACUGGUCUUCCAGCAGAGCUGACGGAGAAGCCCUCAUUCCCUUUAUUCCAUCUGCUGCAGCCUGAUGGCAUAGCUGCUGCCAGGUGACAGUUGAGGGAGAAGCUAAAUAGAUCUGUAGUAUAGCUUAGCUACAGUUCUGCCAUAUGUGUGGUUUAGCUCUGUUGGGAAAGAUGAACACGCUUGUCUCAUGCACUUGAAGCACAUAUUAGGAAAUAGCUGUGUUGCUUUGGCAUAGUUCCCAGGUAGCUCUCGAUACAGAAUGAAUUCACUCCUUUAUUUUUAAGUUUUCAAAAAAAGCACUGAAAGUGUUGGGCAAACAUUUCCUUCUGUCAGGAUCUGAUAAUUCAGAAGCACAUAUUUACAGCUCUGUUGGGUGUCAUAUCUCUCCACUACUGUGCAUCCUUAAAUACUAUAGCUUAUAUACUUCCUGUCAAGCAAGUCCCAGUAUGUGGGAUUUCACAAGUAAAUUUGCAUAGCUAGGGAUUAUGGGAGUUGUAGGCUUUCCUCCUCCCUGCUCUAUAGCUGUACCUUGAAAGUUGGCAAGGCUGGCUCAAGAGUGAUUUGUUUCUCCAGAUUACCCAGAUUUUCACGAGACGUCCGUCAUCCUAGUUCCUUAUUCUAGACAGCAACUUCAGUUUCCAGACUAGGUAUGACUGGCAAAAUACCACUUGCAAUAUUAGUUUUUAUUUUUUUAAUAAAACAUUGCUUUUUGGUGCUGCCUCCAAUUGUUUUAAACAAACAACCAAACAAUGUGUUGUUAAUUGUGAACCAAACUGCUCAGUUCUGCCUUCAUUUAAAAGCAUGUUCUGGUUUCAUCCAUUGCUGGGUAGAACAAGCAGCUAGCUGCAGGCUUACAUCAAGAGCCACGUGGUUGGCCACAGUGAGAACAGGAUGCUGGGCUCCGGUGGACUAUUGGCCUGAUCCAGCAGAGCUCUUCUGUUAGGAAGUGGACUCUGGCUCCUGGAAGCUCAUGCCACAAUAAAAAAACACUUGUUGGUCUUGGCACCACAAGACUUGUUGAUUUUGAUGCCAACAGUCCUAACACAUCAAACCCCUCUGGAAAUUGUUUACCAUGUAAGACGGGAUAUAAUGAUGAGGAUGACUAUUAAAUACUUUUCUACUCGCUCCCGAAACGAGCAAUCAUGCAAUUUGUGGAAAGUGUGAGAGCCCUCAUCAUGAUCUCACGGUACACCCCGUGUGUGUGUGUGUGAAUGAAAAUAAGGAAAACGGGGGCCAAAAUAAGAGAAAGUUGCAUGGAAGAGCUGCCCUGCCUUUGGCACGGCAGUAGGAACGGCCAGGCAGAAUUUCAGCCGGUGCAGAUUUCCUUCCUAUCCGCAGCUUUGGCCAAAGCUUUACCUGCUGAACAUCUUCCUGUUAUGCUUGCUAUUAAAAGAGCAGAGCUAGUCUCGGCUGACGGAGCCAGCGCAUGCGCUCCGCCAUCUCAGCCCUCCACUUCGCGGCUGGGAUCGGAAACAGGAAAGAGCAUGCGCAUAAGCCCCCUUUUUUUCAACAAAGCGACGAAAUCUAUGGUCGGCACCAUAGACUUAGACGAAUCGGAGGCGGCCUCAUGCAGGGGAGCCGAGCGGGCCUUUUCGAGAGAGGCUUUUCGUUGUUCCUUAAGGGCCGGGAGUGGAGAGAUGGCAGAGGUAGCAAUGGCUGAUUCUUCUGCAGUUGGUACGCCACUGUUGACUGAGCAACUUCUUACAAAGGACUGCAAUGGGCUUGAUGUUUCAAAAGCCCAGGAGCAUCUAACAGUCUGUAAGCCAGAGCCUAUCUGUGUAGAGGUGAGCUCCACAGUGCUGCCCCCUGUCUGCCCAGGCACAAAUGACAGAGAAAAAGGACUCCCUAGCAAUAGUGCAAUCUACAGCCUGGGUGCCAAUCAGUGUUUUCACUGCCUGAUCACCUUCCCAGAUGAGAAGUUCAAGGAGCGGCACAUGAAGCGGGAGCACCCGGAGGACUUUGUUCAGGCCAAUCUGCGUGAUGCUCUUUUUGUCUGCUUCAUAUGUAACAAGGCCUUUGAGAGUUCUCGUGCACUCAUCUGCCACCAGCGGGGCCAUGCGCCAGCCCCGCCUUCUGACUCUACUGACUGCUUGCGCCCUACCUUUGACUGCCAUGACUGUGGCCGCCGCUUCAGCCAGUUGGCCAACUACCAGCGUCACCGCCUGGGCCAUGCUGCGGGCCACAGCUUGCCUCACCAGUGUCCGGACUGUGGCAAGAGCUUCCGACAGCUUUCAAACUUGCGUCGGCACCAGGCUUUCCACCAGCAGACCCAGGAGUUGCUGCCCUCCCUCCCCUAUUCCUGCAUGGAGUGUGGGGAGAGCUUUAACCAGGAGGCUGGGCUGCAUGAACACUACAUCCGCCAUGCCCGUGGGGAGCUCUAAUAUAAGCUGUAGCUUCGUAUCUAUUCCCUGGAUCCAGGUGGAGGCAGGAAGAUGACAGGCAUUGCUGUGUGAGAUGCAGAGCCAGAAUGAGGCAAGGAACAGGAUUGACGGGUCCUUUCUGGUUGAGAAACAGAAGGGGGAAGUCGCUGUUUUUAGGAGGUGUUACAUCUGGUUUUGCUCCAGCCAGGAAGAAUAGUUGGUACAGGGAUAUAAGCAAAGCUGUAUUUUCCUUAUAGGAAGUGCUGUCUCCAUAGAGUGAGGAUAACUGAAGGGCUGAGGAUGGGAAUAUUCACUUUUAGGAGAUGCUGACUUCCACCUAGUUCAUGGCAAGAUUUGCUGCUGGUCAAAGGGGUGGGAAACUUCCAUCAGUAUUUUGCCUUUUCUAGAUGCUCGGCUGUCAUGAAGGGCACACUUUUUGCACUCCCACCUGCCCAAGCUUGGAAUUUCUGGGUAGCCUUGCAGAGAACCUGCUUGCUUCCUGCAGAAGGUUGGGAAGAGUUAACUGUUUGAGGGUGCAGAGUAGAAGUUAAGUCAGCCGAUUAAACUUUACAAGUGCUUUUUAUAGGGAGAGAAUUCAAGUGAGAAGAUUCACUUGUUUUUUAAACCUGAACUAUACACAGCUUUGGGUUUGAGCCAACCCCUUCAUUUGUGAGUAUCCUGAUUGGAUUCUCUACUCAAGUGAGAGAUUGGGAGGCAGAAGACCAGUGCUCCCCCCCGGGGGGUACUGAAGGUUACGCAAUACAAGCACCUUUUCUUUUCCUAAAGAAAAGCACUGGUUAAAAACAUGGCACUUAAUGUAACAACUUCAUGGUGAAUACUGGCACUUUUUCCUUUUUUUUUUUAGAAGCACUGCAGAAGACAGUAUAAAUUAUGUUCCUCAGCUCUGUGUACAAUACCAGAAGCACCUCUUAGGCUCUCAAUAGGCCAGCAGUGGAGAAUCUUUUUCCUGUUGAUGGCUGCACUCCCUUGAGGGAGGGAGGCAGAGUCAAAAGUGGGCAGGGCCACCUCUCUCCUCUCCUUCCUUUUCCUUCCCCUCUCAGCAGGCUGCUGGGGGAACUACUUAUCUGUGCUUCCCAGAGAUCUGAGCCAGUGUAUUGCAGUCUCUCUGCUACCUCCAUCCAUUUCAGCCUUCCUUCUGUAUUUCCCCCUUCCUGCCCUCUUUCCCCAGACAUUAGGCUGCAUGAUAUUCUGCUGAAGUCCGCCGAUUACCCACUCCUGACACAGACAUUGCCAUUUAUGGUGAGGUACCAAACUGCGGGAGGCAGUGGAAGACAGGAGUGCCUGGUGUGCUCUGGUCCAUGGGGUCACGAAGAGUCGGAGAUGACUAAAUGACUAAACAACAACAACGAUUUCUCCAUCCCCCUCCUUGUCCCUCGGGGAAAACAUAUGCCUUGAAAAGAAAAUGGUGGAGCGGUAUAUACUUACACUCCAGUGUGUUUGCUACCCAACAUGGAGCAGAUUAUGCUGGCUCUUCUGGCCAGUGCAAUGUGUUAGAAACUUGACAGCCCCAUGCUGUCCACUUGGUGGCACUGCCAGCUAGAAAUUGAAAGCAUAGUCUCCAUUCCAAGGCACCUAACACUAAAAAAUAAAUCUCCUCUGUACUGAGUCACUAUAUAUACUGAGUCAUUGGUCUGCUUGGCCCAGUACUGUUUUUGUCAGCUGACAUUUGAGAACAUUCUCAAAUCCCAGAUCCUUUUAAACUGGUGAUGAUGCGGAUGGAACAUGAGACCUUCCGUUCUCCCGAAACUGAGCUGUGAACACUGCUAAACCAUGCUGGAUCACAUGGAAAGGCUUUUGCUCGCCCAAAUAGGCACUUUGGCCCCUCCCGCACUAUAACCUGCCGUGUUAUAUGGCUUUAAAUUGUCAUGGCUUCCUCCCAAAGGAUCCUGGGAACUGCUGUUUAUUAUGGGUGCUGUGAGCUGUUAGGAGAUCUUUAAUCCCCUCACAGAGCUACAUUUCCCAGAGUUGACUAGGGGGAGGGAUUGAUUGUUAAACCACACUGGGAACUGUAGCUUUGUGAAGGGAAUAGGGAUCUCCUUACAGCUUUCAGCACCUAUAACCAAGUAGGAUGUUUGGGGGAAGAUCUAUGACUGUUUAUAGUAGUAAAAUACUGCUUAUGGAGCCUCAAAUUCAGUUCCUGGUCCUUUUCAUUUUAUAAUUAUUUUUUCCUGAUAAUAAAACAGCUCAUGAUUUCUUUAUUUCCCCACUAAUGCAACACUACUACUACUACUACUACUACUAGUUAUUAAUGAUGACUCUUUCCCAUUAAAAUAAUUUUUGUGGGUGUCUUGAGAGAGCUGUAUCCCCAUUUAUAUAAUAAUACUAAUAAUAAUAAUACUAAUAAUAAUAAUAAUACUAAUAAUUUAUUAUUUAUACCCCGCCCAUCUGGCCGGGUUCCCCCAGCCACUCUGGGCGGCUUCCAACAAAACAUUAAAAUACAGAAAUCCAUCAAACAUUAAAAGCUUCCCUAAACAGGGCUGCCUUAAGAUGCCUUCUAAAGGUCUGGUAAUUGUUGUUCUCUUUGACCUCUGGUGGGAGGGCAUUCCACAGGGUGGGUGCCCCUACUGAGAAGGCCCUCUGCCUGGUUCCCUGUAACUUAGCUUCUAGUAGCGAGGGAACCGCCAGAAGGCCCUCAGCACUGGACCUCUUGUCAUUGCACUUGUCAUUGCCAUUAUUCAUAUAUUACUACAGGGCUAUACAAAUACCUGUGCUAGAGGAGCACAGCAGAAAGCUCAGUAUGUGAAUUCGUAAAAUAAAACUGAAAAAUGUUAACAGUGAUUUGCGUGCACACAUCUAAUGUGGGGUAAUGAGUUGUUGCUUUUUACUCAUUGAUUACACAAACACUAGCCAAUAGGUGCCUGUCAUACUCUCAGCCACAUUCCACCCAGCACAUAAUGGAUGUUUUAGCGGGAGGACAAUUGCUUAGCAAUGAAAUGUGUCUUAAAAGCAGGGAAGUAUGCUAUGCCCAUAAAUAGUAGGGCUACUAGAAGUGUCUGGGUGCACGUCCCAAGUUCUGUCUUCAUCCAUCUUCAGGUAGGGCUUGGAGAAGCCCUGUCUGAAAUCUUGGAGAGCUGUUUCCCAUCCAUCUAGGCAAGACUUAACUGAGAUGGACCAUUGGUUCUGACUCUGUAGAAGGCAGCUUCCUAUGCUCCCCAUAUUUACCUGCGUGGGACUGUUUUGUUCUCCUUCUGCGCAAGCGAACAAGCCAGGAAGUCAGUUAGCCACACACACACACACACACACACACACAGAGUCCUUUCCAGAUCAAAGCACACAACCUGUUUUUUAAAGUGCUUCCUUGAUGGCACACAUAGCUAAUCAGAAGUACUUAAAUAGAACCUUGAUCUCCUCCGGAAAUAAUGAUUUAUGUUCACCAACAAGAAAAUAAUGUUUGGAUUUGUGUGGUGUCACAUUAAUGUAGGAAAAGACAAGUCUAGCAUGCUUUGGGAGGGAGAUGGAUGGGUAGGAAGUCACCAGUAGCCUGCUCCUAUCUGAGCCAAGAGCUACAGUAAGUUUCCCCAAAGUUUUAUGGCAAUAUUGUGAACUUUUAAUCAAUAGUGGCUUCUGGGAUGUAUAAAUAUAGCUACUGGUCUUUUUAAGUUAAGG